GUAAACACAUGAACAAACGCCCUCUAGCUGUCAAUAUGUAGUUUUUUUUUAUCCGUGUAAUAAUUAUAUACCUAGAUUACGAGUUGUGCGUUCGUGUUUUAACGCUGAAAAUUGUAAUUUCAGCGUUGAAACAGCACCGUAGCCAUUACAAGUCUUGUCGGUAUAGGUGUACCGCAAGCCUUUUAGCCUGUAACGCAACGUCAGUCCCACCCACGUAAAAAUGACGUUUGUUUCAUAGGAUUCCCAUAGCGCUGCCAUUACAAUUAUAAUAAAGUGAUUAGCCCCUAAACCGCCGCCCUCCCGCAUCACAAACACUAUUUAAAUAUUAUUAACCCCUAAUCUGCUGUCCGCCCCACUAUACUUAAGUUAUUAAGCCCUACACCGCCGCCACUAUAAUAAACCUAUUAACCCCAAAACCGCAAGCCCCCACAACGAAAUAUACUAAAGUAAACUAUUAACCCCUAAACCUAAAGCCCCCCCACAUCUCAAUUUACUAAAUUAAACUAGUAACCCCUAAACCUAACGCCCCCCUAACUUUAUAUUAAAAUUACAAUUUCCCUAUCUUAAAUUAAAACUUACCUGUCAAAUUAAAAAAACUAAGUUUAAACUAAUAUAAUUAUUAAACUAAAAUUAAACUAACUACUAAUAAAUUAAACUACAAAUUAAAAAAUACAAAAAAUAACAAACACUAAAUUACGAAAAAUAACAAACGAAAUUAUCCAAAAUAAAAAGAAUUACACAUAAUCUAAUAGCCCUAUCAAAAUAAAAAAGCCCACCCAAAAUAAAAAAAAACCUAGCCUACAAUAAACUACCAAUAGCCCUUAAAAGGGCCUUUUGUAGGGCAUUGCCCUAAGCUCUUUUACCUGUAAAAAAAUUUUUACAAAGAACCCACCACCCAACCAACCCCACAAAAUAAAAAACCUAACUCUAAAAAAAAACCUAAGCUACCCAUUGCCCUGAAAAGGGCAUUUAGCUCUUUUGCUGCCCAAACCCUAAACUAAAAAAAAAAAAAAAACUAUUGGCUUUCUACCUUUCAAUGGGUUUCAUCGCCUAACCUCAUCAACAGAGCUAAACUGGGAGCUUCUAAGGGGACGUUGCCAUCCACUCUCUAUAUUACUGAGGCGGUUAAGAUUCUCACCAUUGCAUGAAAGAUAUACAGAGUCCAGAGAUACCAUUGAUUACAAGGAUCUUCCCCCUACACCUGAAUAAGAUGUGGAUAAAGCAUCCAGAAAAUAAUACUCGGGAGGACAAGGAUAAAACCAUCUUUACCCACACAGAGCAGACAGCUUACCUCAUAAAGAUUGAGGUCUUAUCUGGUGGAUUCACAAACUGCAAUAAUCAUAGUCAUGAUCAGAGUGCAGAUACUUCUUUCAGUCAUACUCAAAAGCAAAGAAGCCAAGCAGAACAUGUAUGUUCUGAGUGUGGGAGAUGUUUUACCUGGAAAUCAGAGCUUAUUAGACAUCAGAAGAUUCAUACAGGAGAGAGAGAAUUUUCUUGUUCUGAAUGUGGGAAAUGUUUUACUCAUAGAGGAAAUCUUGUUGUUCAUCAGAAGAUUCAUAGAGGAGUGAAAGCUUUUUCAUGUUCUGAAUGUGGGAAAUGUUUUAUCAGAAAAUGGGAACUUUUUAGACAUCAGAAAAUUCAUACGGAAGAGAAAGGAUUUUCAUGUUCUGAAUGUGGGAAAUGUUUUACCCAUAAUGAAACUCUUGUUGCUCAUCAGAAAAUUCAUAAAGGAGAGAAAGCGUUUUCAUGCUCUGAAUGUGGGAAAUGUUUUACCAUGAAAUGGCAACUUAUUACACAUCUGAAAAUUCAUACAGGAGAGAAAGCAUUUUCAUGCUCUGAAUGUGGGAAAUGUUUUACUCAGAAAUCGCAUCUGAUUACUCAUCAGAAAAUUCAUACAAGAGAAAAAGAAUUUUAAUGUUCUGAAGGUGGGAAAGCUUUUCUUUUUUAGAUCUGUUCUGCACUAAAUCCCCUAAUUGCUAUACUUGUGUGUUAUGGUUGUGAAGAUGAAAUGGUUCCUAUUUUUAUUUUCCUCUAACGACUUACACCUUCUUAUAAGGCUGUACAAUACCUAAUAUGAAUUCAUAGGGGCCGAUUUAACAAAGGCCAGAUGGCCCUGAAUGUAACUGUUUCUGUAGGAGCCUUCAGGCUCGCCAGCAACAGGACAACUUACACCUUCUUAUAAGGCUGUACAAUACCUAAUAUGAAUUCAUAGGGGCCGAUUUAACAAGGGCCGGAUGGCCCUGAAUGUAACUGUUUCCGUAGGAGCCUUCAGGCUCGCCAGCAACAGGACAACUUACACCUUCUUAUAAGGCUGUACAAUACCUAAUAUGAAUUCAUAGGGUCAAUUUAACAAGGGCCGGAUGGCCCUGAAUGUAACUGUCUCUGUGGGAGCCUUCAGGCUCGCCAGAAACAGGAGUUAAGAAGCAGCGGUCUUAAGACCGCUGCUCCUUAACUCGUACGCUUCCUCCUCCAAUCCGCCUGAUCGCAUACGAUCGGGUUGAUUGACACCCCCUGCAAGCUGCAGGGGCGGAAUUGCACAAGCAGUUCACCAGAACUGUUUGUGCAAUGAUAAAUGUCGACAGCAUAUGCUGUCGGCAUUUAUCAAUGUGCAGCGGACAUGAUCCGCUAUAGCGGAUCAUGUCCACUCGCACUUUGUUAAAUCGGCCCCAUAGCCUUGUUGUCUAUUUUGUAUGUCCUACUUUUGACCGUCAUAUUGGUUUUUCAACAAACAUUUAUUUUAAUAAAAUGUAUAUUUACUUAA